AUGUCUGGCCUGGGUACUAGACCUAACCUGUUCAGUACACUAGAAAUAGUAAAUUUAGUUGAUUCACAAGAUUAUUCUGCAGUUGAUAAUAUUGAUAUGACAAAUGCCACAACGAACAAUGAAGAUGAAAGAACAUGUGGAG